UUACUUAGUGUCUUCAGUAUACUUUGGAUAUGAGUAGCCGCCAAGAGCACGUCCUGACUUCGUCUCCCUCCCCCCGCUGGAUCACCCAUACUUACCCUACAUCCCCUAGUGUUCAAGGCCAGGGCCGGUUAGGUACAUCUGCCCAUCAGCGACAGAGAAUUCCUCCUACUUCUGAAAGUCUAAGGAAUAGCUCAGCAAUACAGAUAACUUAAAAUUUCCCUGGCCAGAAUAUCCUCACCAUGGCAGAGGAGAGCAGCAGUACCCAGGACUGUGUGUCCUUCAGCGUGCUCAACUGGGAUCAGGUUAGCCGGCUACAUGAGGUCCUCACCGAGGUUGUCCCCAUUCACGGACGAGGCAACUUCCCAACCUUGGAGAUAACCCUGAAGGACAUCGUGCAGACUGUCCGCAGCCAGCUGGAGGAGGCAGGCAUCAAAGUGCAGGACAUCCGGCUGAAUGGCUCCGCUGCUGGCCACGUUUUGGUCAAAGACAAUGGCUUGGGUUGCAAAGACCUGGACCUGAUCUUUCACGUGGCUCUUCCAACAGAGGCAGAAUUUCAGCUGGUAAGAGAUGUGGUUCUGUGUUCCCUCCUGAACUUCCUGCCAGAGGGUGUGAACAAGCUCAAAAUCAGCCCGGUCACUCUGAAGGAGGCGUACGUGCAGAAGCUGGUGAAGGUCUGCACAGACACAGACCGCUGGAGCCUGAUUUCCCUCUCCAACAAAAAUGGGAGGAACGUGGAGCUCAAGUUUGUCGACUCCAUUCGGCGUCAGUUUGAGUUUAGCGUGGACUCUUUCCAAAUUAUCCUGGACUCUCUGCUUUUUUUCUAUGACUGCUCCACCAACCCUAUCUCUGAGGAUUCCCACCCCACAGUGAUUGGGGAGAGUGUCUAUGGAGACUUUGAGGAAGCCUUUGACCAUCUGCAGAACAGACUGAUUGCCACCAAGAACCCUGAAGAAAUCCGAGGUGGGGGCCUUCUUAAGUACAGUAACCUCCUUGUGCGAGAUUUCAGGCCCACAGAUCAGGAGGAGAUCAAAACUCUGGAGCGAUAUAUGUGCUCCCGAUUUUUCAUCGACUUCCCAGACAUCCUUGACCAGCAAAGGAAGUUGGAGACCUACCUUCAAAACCACUUUGCUGAGGAAGAGAGAAGCAAGUAUGACUACCUCAUGAUCCUGCGCAGGGUAGUGAAUGAGAGCACCGUGUGCCUCAUGGGGCACGAACGCAGGCAGACCCUAAACCUCAUCUCCCUCCUGGCCUUGCGUGUGCUGGCAGACCAGAACAUCAUCCCUAAUGCCACCAAUGUCACCUGUUACUACCAGCCAGCUCCUUACGUCAGCGAUGGCAACUUCAAUAAUUACUACGUUGCCCACCCUCCAGUUACCUACAGCCAACCGUACCCUACCUGGCUGCCCUGUAACUAACCUUGAGACCUGAGGGUUUCCGCAGUGGGAACCCAGUAGGGCAUGGGCUCUCAGGUAGGGGAGCCUCCUUCUAGGUGUAGGUGUUUGGCUUUUAAAGGAGAACUCAGCUCUGAUUCUGAUUUGUGUGUGUGUACCCAUUGGAAUGGGUCUGCAGUACACCGUGAGCCAACCCUAAAAGGACCCGUCUUACAGUGCCACUUCGGAAAAUGCUAUAGGAAGUGUGAUCUACCCACAUCUUUCCAAGAUAGACACUAACAUGUCACAUCCCAAAUAUUAGUGCCCUGGGCUUUGAGCUCUGUGGAAUAAUCAAGAUUGGGAGAACUCGGGCACCAGACAACAAGUUUUAAGCCUCUUUUUUUUCUCACCUGAGCCUAGAGUAGGCUGUGUGGGGCCACAGUCUGGUUUUUAGCAGUUACCUGGAAGUUGUACUGAAAGUUUCUCUUCUUGGGUCGGUUUUAGUCAGGCAGAAAAUAACAAACAUGAGGGUACUCUUGUGACUUAAUUUUUGUUCAUGGGACUAAAUUGCUUGUGUCUAGUCCCUGUCAGCAGAGCUGAGAAUUUCUUUCAUAAAUAAACCAAAGCCAAUAGCUGGAGACUGGCAAUCUGGUUGGAAGUGGUUUAUGGUUUAGAAGCUGUGCUAUCUUGAGAAAUUAUGAGAUAUUGCUAAGAAAAAAAAAUGAUCUUUUUCUUGAAAUGUAACUUGAAAACAAAAUAAAAUGUGGAACAUAAAGUUAAUGUAGAAUUGUGGUGGAGGUGGUGGGGGGUGGUGAUUGUAAAUAGGAAACAUGAAUGUUCUUUUUUUGUUCUUAAAGAAUUCUUAUUGAAUGACAUCUUUCCCCCAUUAACUCUCUCAUGAAUGACUUUUGUGUUGCUCUUCCUAAGACUGUGUCUGUGUUCAUUGUUGAAACUGACAUGAGGGGCUUCCCAUGUUUUAAUUGGAAACCCAUUUUGGUCACAUUCCAUAUAUGACAAGCUGUCUUUCUGGAGUACUUUGGCCAUUUUUUUUUUUUUUUUGGUUUGCUUUCUUUUUGCUUUUUAAAAUAGUGAUUUCUUUCUCCAGGUAUUUAUGACAGCCCAUGGAUUCAGGAAUUUCAGUAGAACUGAGUGACCUGUGGAAUUGGCUUAGAAUUUAACCACCUGUCCUUGUGCCCUGUGAAGAUAGGGGUUUAGCAUUCAGUCUGGCCUUGUGUGCAUUGCAGCCACCGAGGUGCUUUGAGGUCUUUCCAGUGUAUUUGGGAAAGAAUUGAGUGAAUGAAGAAUGAUCUUCCUUAUUUGGUAGAGUUGACAAUAUUUGUUUAUAUUCUGCACUUUAGAAGGAAAACAGUGUUAAUCUCUAGUCUAAAGCAAACUUAGUGGGAGAGGUCUAGGCUACUGUUGCUUUUCCCAGUAGAUUUAGAUAAGGGAUUUUGUUUUGAAACUUUCUGUGGGCUCUUUUUAGAAAGCAUUACUUUAGGGUAUUGGGGGAAAACAGUAUUGCCAGCCAGUUUGGUUUUUAAUCACAUCCAUGCUCUUUUAUUUUCUCCUGUGGCCAUAAAAAUCCAAAGCCCUGAGUGAUUGCUUUCUGUUCAUUUUAAGCAUUGACAUUAUCUUAAUAUGGAAAUGCCUAGUAGGAAAUGUGUGGUUGACCUUUUCGUAAAGAUAUAUUUUCAGGUUUCUUCUGGAAUGUGCUAUCUUGGUCCUCUUAAACAAGAUAUGAUUGAAACCCAAGGUUUAGCUUGUUCCCGUAUUGUGCCGUGUUAGGUGACUAGAAGUCUCUUCUGUGUAACCAGCUCCUGUUUCUCUGUGAGCCUUGGUUAUAUUUGAAUUGACUGGCUUUGAGACAAGGCUGGUUCUAUGAGGAGAUCUUGGAGGGGAUCUCAACCUUCAAAGUUAUUUGAUCAUCUAUGACUUUAAAAUACUUCCAUUGUGGUUAAGUAACAAAUUUACACAAAAAUGACAGAUUUGUUUAACUAAAGCCUUUGAAAUGUGAUGAAGCCAUAGCCAGCAGAAGCACUUGGUCACAGAAAUCAGUAUUGGUUUGACUUAGAAGGUUUGGAGGCAAAUGAGACACAGGAGCAAGGUAGUAUCUGAAUCAAGAAAUUAAAUUUCCAGUUUGUCCUUGGAGUUCUUUGUGCUUACAUAUUUUUUCCAAUCUGGAAAGAGUCCUUUGAUGAGGAUGAAGGCAGGCAUGGACAUUACAAGAAAGUCCCUGCUUCCCCGUUCUUUAGUACUGUUGUGUGGUGCCCAUCUUGCUAGUCUUUUCACCCAGUGUUUUCUUGUCAGCCCAGCUAAUUUUUGCAGUUUGCUGAUAGCAAUGUGUUCUACAAGCAUCAGGGUAAAAAGUUGCACUGACCAAAGCUGCGCUUUUAAAACACAGCCCCUAUGCUGGUGGUGUCUUCACCUGCUCCAUGAGCCUUUUGCCAGCCUCAGAAUAGGCCAGGUAACCUUGAAUUUCAGAUGUCUGGAAAUUCUAUCUGAAAGCUGCCUUUUGUGCUGCUCACACAAGCUCCAGACACCCUGAACUUGUACUGAGUCCAGUGGUUCCUUAUUUUUUUGUGUGUUGAGUAACAUGAAACUUGGCAGGGGCAAAGGGCACUAAAGUUCAAGUACAGGUUCUAAUCUAAAUUUAAGCAGCCUAAUUUUCUUCAGGACUUCGAGCUCUUUUCUGAUGCCUUUGCGACCAGCCUGUUUCUUCAAGUCAGGUUGAGCAACAGUAGGAUGAAAAAGGAUGCCCUUCCCCUUCUUGUUGGUAGAAAACACGCAUUAGAUUCCUGGCCUUGAACUUCAGUGUCACAUUCAGUGUAACAUUAGCAAUAAGACACUAUUCCUCGCUCAAUUUCAAUGCCAAAAUGAAACUCUCUGUGACCAGCACCUUUAAGUCAGAGUUUCUGAUGACUGCAAAUGGCCUGUGGCGUGGCUUAUACACGGGGGGCCUGGCAGAUGGGGCGGGUUGAGUAGGGAACUUGAUGCUUGGUUCCUGGUAAGUGGCAUCUACAUGGUUUGGCACUCAAGUUUUUGUUUUUGAUUUUGUUUUUCCUCCAGUUUGAUUUACACUGAAGAUUUGAGUCACAGCGAGCUAUGUGUGAACCUGUGUUGCGUGGUGAUGCAUUAAUAAUCACAUUGCUAAAGCCGUGAAUCUGCUUUCCUUUGGCUCCACCUAUAGCAUUUUCAUGGUAGGUUAGGUUUUUAACUAGUAUUGCUUAGCUGUGGGAAAUGGUGUCACUCAAAAACAACUUCCAAACUUUCAGAAGAACGCCUUUCUAGUGAUGUGCCUGGUACUGGUGCCUUGUUUUAGGAAGCUGUUACAGCCUUAGCUCAAACAUCUUCUUCCGGAGAGUGGAUUUAAUGUUAACCAGCUGUGAGAAGAAAUCCUGAUAUUCACCAGGGGCCUUACCUUCUGGGUAUUAAAUAGGGUUCUACUCUAGUGAAGUCCCUUUGGGUAGAUUCUGUACCUUGAAAUAACUUCCAGUUUCCAAUGUUAAAAUUCAUAUCCUAAAUCUGGCGGACACCAGAGAUUCACACUGAUGUAGAACAUAUUCCAGUUAAACCAAUUAAACUCAGAGGACCAACAGGGAUGGUUAGAAGAGAUGUAUUUAAAAAGACCUGGCAACUUUUUGGAUUGUUUAUGGAGAUCGCAAAGGAAAGAAACGACCUAUUUUGUGAGUUACAGUGCCUACAUUGUGUUUACUUAUCACUUUUUAAAAAAUAGUUUAAGUGUAAGCUAAAGAUAAUGCUUGGAGUUCUGCCUGGGCUGUUGAGAAUUGGUGAGAAUUCUCAUGCGUGCUUAUGGUAUAGGAAGGUGAGCUGACAUCCACUGAAGAGGAGGCGGUGGUUAGUGUGGAUCUGACCAUUUUUUAAAAAUCUCAAGCUAACUGAUUUUUUUUCAGGGUGAAAAUUUAAUUUUCCUAAAGCAGCUACUCAUAUUCAAAUUGAUAUAGAAAAAAGUGAGACACUCAGUAGACUAAACUUGAAGAUCUUUUGUUCUAUAUUUGCCUAUUUUUUUUUUGCACACCCAGGGUGUGUGGGUUUCCUCUUUGGUAAUGGUCACUCACCUUCUUACUUAAGCAGAUGAGAUCACCUGUCAAUGCAACAGUGUUAGAACUUGGUGAAAUAAAGCUUUUGAGUGUGAAAUAAAGGUACAUUGAAAAAUUUAAAAAAA